CAGGAAUUUAGUCCAUCAUUCCAACAACCUAAAAGAAAAUUACUCUCCAUGUCUAUCAUGUCUAUGUCAUCCAUCAAUCUUACAUAGUUCGUUGUCUAGUUUAUUCCCCAUAACUAAGUCAUCCAAUAAAUUCUACUUCUUCUCAGCAUAGCAAGAACAUCUCUUGAAGCAGAUUACACAUUCAAAAUAAGAAAUAUGUCCGCGACAGUUGCUCCUCCAACGGAGGCAGGACUUCGAAGGACGAUGCAAGAUCCUUCUUGGUACGGUCGCGGCGUCCGUACUCAUAGCGAGCCAAGGAGUUAUUGGGCUUCCGCAACGGGAUGCGGAAACUACCAUUUCCGCAUAGAGAAUGACGACUGGACAGCCAGACGUAAUGCCCAAGUAGCGCGAAUGGAAGAGCAAACGCGCGCAUUAAAGGCACAAACAGACCAGUUCGGCGUCAAGAGCGCCUUAGUGUGGGAUACAACGAGUUAUGAGGAUGGUUGAAGUGAUAUUGUUGAUAAUUAGAGAUGAUGUUAGUUCUACUUUUCAACAUACUUGAUGAAAACUACAUUAUUUCCGUCGCAUGGUUCUCCUCUAAUCCGCACGUGACCACAUUGACCCCAACGUGAGGUUCCAGUCACCGACGAAGCACCAGAAGCUGACGCGUUACGAGGUGAAUAGCUUCAUCUACGCCAGCAGCACGAAGCCUGUGCCGCCACCAGAACAGAACGGUAAGACAGGACAUUGGGUCUGCGAAGUAAACAGCACAACAGGAACCUUCAACGUAGUGAACAACUUGAAUCCGAAUCCGUUUAACCAGCGCUUCCGCGAAGCAGAAGUGGACAACUUUUAUGACUGGAAACUGGAAUCGUAGAGAAGUGAUUGUAGUAGAAGUAGGACAUCCUUCAUUCUCUACUCGAUAAGAAACUAGUUGUAUGAUCAUCUUCAGUGACUACGGUCAGACGAAAAAACUUCCUACCUAAGAGAAUUACUCAUGAAUCCUCCUCUUUCAUACUCACCGAGCGGUUCAAGUGGGUAAAACGCCAGCAGCCGGUCAAGUGCAGCCACAGCCUGUGAUCGCCUGCUACGACCUUCCGAGCUUUGUGCCUGUGCGCCAUCCUGAGCGCAUGCGAAACUACAACCGCGUGAAACCAAAUCUCUAGGAUAACCAGGAAGGGACUAUAGUCCUGCGAGGAGGAAAAACAGCUAGAUAAUGUGUUAUAGCGGCACAUAAUCGAAUAGUAACAUCAAUGAUAGAGAAGUACGUAUUCAUCGUAAACAUUUGCAAGCAUUGUAUUCUACCAUUCUUACAUCCACUUGUUUUGAUCAAAAACAAUCUGUAUUAUCCAUGCAUAGUGAAAACACAUCCACAUCAUGUGUAUAUCAAUAUCUUGUUUCGCAGCACAAGCGGCGCGGAGUCCUACUUGAGCUUUCCAGUUUUAUUACACCUUAAUUGACAUCUGACAUGUUACACGUAGUUACAAUUUACGCUAUCCGUUGUAGUACAAACACCUCAUGUCAUGUUUAUCAUCCACCAACAUCAACUGUUACCCCUGUAUAGCAAUUGGAGCAGAUAACGAUGUAAUCUGAAAUCAGGAAACGCACGAAUGCUUGAAGAUACC